CAGAACUGUUGCUCAUAUAUUAGACAGUACUAAUUGGACCUACAAACCAAUUUAACCAAAUCAUUAACGGUGGUCCAUAAAAACUCCCAACAGAGAGACUUAGCUGCGUUUGAUUGAGUAUCAAGUCCUUCAAGUCUUCUUCAACUUCUGACUUUGUAACUUCUCAUACAUAUUACCCAAUAAUAUUUUUGCAACUGGAACGAAAUAAUUCAACGAUUCCUGAAGCGAGCAGCUGAAAAUCCUUCAUCCGUUACUAAGCUAUGAAUCCUGAAUAUGAUUAUCUUUUUAAACUUUUGCUAAUCGGAGAUUCUGGUGUUGGCAAGACAUGUCUUCUGCAGAGAUUUGCGGAUGACACCUACGAAGAAACUUAUAUCAGUACCAUCGGAGUGGACUUUAAAAUUCGAACAGUGGAACAAGAUGAGAAGACCAUCAAACUUCAGAUUUGGGAUACCGCUGGUCAAGAACGUUUCCGUACAAUCACUAACAGCUACUACCGCGAUGCUUAUGGCAUCAUUAUUGUCUAUGAUGUAACUGAUGAAGAAAGUUUCAAACAUGUCAAAAGCUGGCUGCAAGAAAUUGAUAAAUAUACCAAUGGAAACGUGAAGAAGCUCAUAGUUGGAAACAAGUGUGACUUAACUGACAAGAAAGUGGUUUCUUAUGAUACAGCCAAGGCAUUUGCCGAUGAGGUCGGGAUACCAUUCUUGGAAACAAGUGCUAAAGAUGCCACUAAUGUUGAACAGAGUUUCCUGAAUAUGGUUGCAGAGAUAACGAAUGGGAUGGUCCGUAAACCGGAAACUUCUGACAAACCUGCUGUUGUGUUGCCUAUGCAUGGCCAGCCAGUUACUAAAAACUCUUCCUGUUGUUCCACUUAAAUUAAUACUCUGUGCUGUUGGAAGAAGAGUACAACCAAUAUAAUCUGAUUUUUUUUUUUUUGAGUCAAAUAUAAUCUGAUUUUGGUUAUCCUUGAAGUCGUAAAAUUCAGCCGCAAACAUUGUUUUCCCAAUUGUUGAUUUAAUUAUGACUUGAAAUAAGACAGAGAAUCAUAAACAGUUCACACAGCCUAAAGAAACUCUAAUUAACUUCAAAUGAAUGAAAAAAAAAAAAACAAACAAACAAAAACCUCCGUUUAGCAAGUACAAGAAACUCCUUUAUUACCUUCCUGUAUGACCAUUUGGUGUUGUUGUCUACUUAUUCAAGGUGGAAAUUUACAGAAACAAAACCUUUGGCACCAUACUGUAAGGAGUUAUGAACUAGGAAGUUAAUUGUGUUCAGUUAGAAAGUCUAGCGUCUAGUUUAGGCAGUCAGUUACUGAAGGUCAAGUAGAUUAGUCAUGGAAGCAAAGGUAAGAGACAAAACAUAAUUUGUUUACCAUGUAAAUUUAAUUUAGUAUUCUCCAUUAGAACAAAAAGACACAUUAAGUCGAGAAAAAACAUAAUCUUUAUCCAAAAAUAUCCUAAUACUGAAAAACAUAAUCAUAUCCAAAAUUAAGAUUAACAACCUUAAUAAAGAAAUUCCAAAAUCCAUUCAACAUCUGGAAAUAAAGGACUCAAAAUCAGGUAAAACACACUAGGGCAUCUCUCACUUUCCACCACGGAUUUUCAGAGCUUGUCUGUUCCUCUUCUUCACACCAGACUUGGAUACCUUGAGGCUUCUGUGCACAACGCUCAACCUUGCAAGGGCUGCUUGCUUUAAAUCAGGUCUGUAGAAGUUAUCAGACACC